AUGGAGAAGGCAGCCAACGAACAGCUGACGGAACGUUGUGAGUCGGGGGAGAAAAGAGCCGAAGCCAGCGAGCGCCGGUGCACAGUGAUGGAGACGCGACUGGAGGAGGCACAGGAGACAAUUGUCAGACUGGAGCACCAGUUGCAGAAAGCAGCAGAAAAGAUAGAGUGGCUGACAGAAUCGCACGAUCGAACAAAAGAGGAUGAAGCAGCACUCAGGGUGUGUACAAAGAAUGAACAGAAAAAUAAAUGUCUGCGGAUUCGCAUGAAUGGUUAA